UAAGAUUGCUUUAUGUAAGUAAAAUUGCCUAUGUGGCAAGGAGCGCGGACAUGAGACCUAGAAAGUAUGGGUGUCCGUCUAUUUCACUUCCUCUGUCACUCCGCCAUCUUAGAGGUUCCUGGAUUCGUUGCAGCAGUAACUGACACUCUUCAAGACCUCUUUUUUCGAAUUCAGAGUCUCUAUUUCAAUCAACAUCAUGACCGUCGAUGUUUACAAGCCUUACAGCAAUGGUGGAAGCGGCUACCAAGGUGGCUACAGUGGAGGUAGCCGUGGCGGUAGUAGCUAUGGCGGUAACAAAAGCUAUGGCGGUAACAGCAGUUACGGUGGUGGUAACAGCAGUUAUGGUGGUGGCAGCAAGUUUGGUGGUGGCGGCUACGGAGGCGGAAAGUUCGGAGGAAGCGGAUUCGGCGGAGGUAAAUUCGGAGUUGGGGCUGGCGCAGGCCUGCGCACCCCAAAAUGGGAUGCUAGUAACAUGAAGCCCUUCUUGAAGAACUUCUACCAACCAUGCCCAUCAGCUGCCGCCAGGUCUCCCAUUGAGGUCAAAGCCUUCCGUGACAAGCAUGAGAUCGCUGUCAUUGGUGAUGCACCUGGACCCAUUCUCCAGUUCAGAGAAGCCAACUUCCCCAACUUUAUCCUCCAACAACUUCAGAGGAAUGGUUUUGAAGCCCCGACCCCUAUCCAAGCCCAAGGCUGGCCCAUUGCAAUGUCAGGCAAAAACUUAGUCGGAAUUGCCCAAACUGGCUCUGGAAAAACUUUGGCAUACCUUCUGCCCGCUGCCAUCCACAUUGCCAAUCAAGAACCUUUGAACCGCGGUGAAGGCCCAAUCGUCUUGGUCAUGGCUCCAACGCGAGAACUUGCCCAGCAAAUUCAGACAAUUGCUCGCGAGUACGAUCAAGUCAGAAUGCGUUCAACUUGUGUCUACGGAGGAGCAAGCAAAGGGCCGCAGAUCUCUGCUUUGCAAAGUGGUGUUGAAAUCGUCAUUGCCACUCCUGGACGAUUAUUGGACUUGCUGAAGCUUGGAAAGACUAAUCUGUUGAGGACAACCUUCGUUGUCUUGGACGAAGCUGACCGUAUGCUGGACAUGGGUUUCGAACCCCAAAUCAGAAAAGUGAUGGAACAAAUCAGGCCUGACAGACAAGUCCUCAUGUGGUCUGCCACUUGGCCGAAGGAAGUGCAGAGAUUGGCUAAAGAUUUCCUGAAAGAAUAUGUUCAAAUCAACAUUGGAUCUACCGACCUCUCUGCCAACCACAACAUCAAACAGGUCGUCGAAGUGUGUGAAGACAGCCACAAACAACACAGACUAAUGGAAUUACUUCGUGAAAUUGCACAAGAAAGAGAAAGCAAAACUAUUGUAUUCGCAGAAACAAAAAGGAAAGUUGACGAAAUCGCCAGACAGAUCAGAUACAGUGGAAUCCGAGUUUCCGGCAUUCAUGGUGACAAAAAUCAACAAGACAGAGACAUUGCACUAAGAGAUUUCAGAACUGGACGUAUCGAUGUUCUUGUUGCCACUGACGUUGCUGCCCGUGGAUUAGAUGUUGAUGAUGUUAAAUUUGUGAUAAACUACGAUUUCCCUCAUGUAUCGGAAGAUUACAUCCACCGAAUUGGCCGCACUGGAAGAUCCAACCAGACCGGAACAGCGUACACAUUCUUCACACGGAAAAACAGCAAACAAGCCAAUGAAUUGAUUUCAGUUCUUCGCGAAGCUAACCAAGAAGUAGACCCGAAACUGCAAGGCCUUGCCCGAUCAGGUGGAUUUGGCGGAUCAUCGAACAGACGCUGGGGUGGCCCCCCUAGCCGAGGAGGCAGUGGCGGUGGAUACCGAGGAAACUCAUCCGGUGGCUACCAAGGAAACCGAGGCGGAAGCGGUGGAGACUGGAGGAGCAACAACGGUAACAGUUCGUGGAACUCCAGCAACAACACACAAGGACAAGGGUAUUAUAACAACAGUGGAAAUUCUGGCAGUUGGUCGAAUGGUGGUUCCAACAACGCAGGACAAUGGGGCGCAGCUCAACAAUACUAAAAUGUGUAUGAUCUUAUCACUAUCAUUCCUCUCUCGACAAUUCUUAUUCUCAUCUUAUUUGUCAACUAUCGAAGCCUUUCAUUCUUUUUGUACCCUCACCGCUUUGGUGACAUGUUAAUUAAGUCUAUUUAUGUUUUCAAAGAUGUUUUAUUGAAAGUUUAAUUGACACUAUCUCUUGCGUCAAAGCAUUUCGGCUGUACAUUGCUAUCGUUGAACAACUUUCACUGGCAUUAAGGUGUUUCAUGUUCCUCACGAAUUUUAUUUCUUUUCAUUUUGUACGUAUUUUUUUAAUAAACUUUCCCUUUGAAUUUCUCCCUAUAACAAAGAUAAGUGGAACCAGUCAAUAACUCUAGUUUUUGUUUGAGCAAUUUACAUUGGUGUGUGAUAAUUUUGGGUUUCUUCACUGUAGUCAAAAUUUUUACUGUCCCCUCUAGUGUAUUUCUUUUUCUUUUUCAAUGAGAAUAAAUUCUCUAAGUUCCUUUUUGUAAAUUAUUUGAAGCAAAUAAAAUUUGCUUGCUUGCAAUUAUAAUUUCUUUUAAACAUUACAAAACUUUUAAUUAGCUUUAGUUUUGUUGCUGUUAUGUUUUAGUAUACAGUGGAGCCUUUUUCAAUGGGUUAUCUUUUUCUUUCGUUUUAAUCCACCAGAUCAUGCACGAAUGAUUAACUUCUCAACUAUUUGACCAGUGUCAGUAUUCAUCAUUUCACGAAUCAAUGUGUAAUCCCUUUUGAAAUAAAUUUUUUCUGUACUUAAA